GCCGAAAGUCGGGAGGCCGGAUCCCGAAUAACCAUGACUUGAGGAGUAUAUAGCUCGCACUCCCUUUCUUCCACCCCCUUGUCCAUCGCCCAUCUCGCGUAUAGGUUUUCAGUAUGGCUCCAGUCGCUUCUCGUAAUGCCAUUCGGCGUCUCAUCUAUGCUGCUCAACAUACCGCUUGCCCAUGUCAUGGAUGCCGUUCUGGCAAUACUCAUAACCCUUUCCAUGUCAUCAGUCAAAUGCGAAAGCUGGCUACGCCGGUGAAUGCACCGCCUAUUGAGAAAGAAUACGCCUUUGAGGUUGCCGCUUCGAAUCUCAGAUUUGGCGAAGGUGUGACGAGGGAGGUGGGCAUGGACCUGAAGAAUAUGAAAGCCCGUAAGGUCGCUGUGUUCACCGAUCCUAAUGUCGCUAAGCUACCUCCGGCAAAAAUGGCUAUUGCAUCUUUGGAAGCCCAGACUGAUCUGCCUUUUGAAGUCUAUGACCGCGUCGUGACUGAACCCACAGAAGCCAGCUGGCGAGACGCUAUCGCUUGGGCAAGGCAGCAAGACUGCAGUCAUUUCUUGGCCGUGGGUGGUGGGAGUGUAAUUGACACCGCGAAGGCUGCCAACUUGUUCACAGUGUAUAAAGAUGCAGACUUAUUUGACUUCAUUAAUACACCAGUUGGCAAAGGACUACCAAUUGAGAAAGCGUUGCGACCACUCAUUGCCAUACCAACAACGGCUGGUACUGGUUCAGAAACCACGGGCACUGCUAUUCUUGACAUUACAUCAAUGAACUUCAAGACUGGCAUUGCAAAUCGUGCAAUGAAACCCGUCCUUGGAAUCGUGGACACCCUUAACACGCGUAGCUGCCCAAAAGAACUGCACAUCAGUGCCGGGUUGGACGUACUCUUCCACAGUUUGGAGAGUUACACUGCUAUCCCUUAUACCGAACGAACUCCUCGACCUGCUAACCCUAUCUUGCGACCGGCAUAUCAAGGAAGCAACCCAGUAGCCGACAUCUUCUCGCUAUGGGCACUGCGAGCGACUGUCAAGAACUUGCCUCGCGUCGCGAAGGACCAAGGUGAUAAGCAAGCUAUGCAACAGAUGCUCCUUGCUUCGUCAUUUGCAGGCAUCGGGUUCGGAAACGCAGGCGUGCAUUUGUGUCACGGCAUAAGCUAUCCGAUAUCUGGUUUGAAUAAGACCGGACCCAAAUGGAAACACCCUGGCUACGCCGUCGACCAUCCCAUCAUUCCUCAUGGUGUCACUGUGGCACUUUCAGGACCAGCUGUCUUCCAAUUCACUGCCCCGUCGGCACCCUCCCGUCAUCGCGAAGCCCUAGCCAUUUUCCGAAACACAUCACCAACCGAUGCUUCGAUCACUUCGAUCCCAGAUUCAGAAAUUGGGGCACAUCUUUUCGAAACUAUUGCACAGUUCCUAGACGGACUCGGAGUCCCCCGUGGCCUCAAAGCUGUCGGAUAUACGAAUGCUGACAUCCCUAAAUUAGUUCAGGGUACUUUGCCGCAAAGGAGGGUCUUGGAUUUGGCACCUGGUAUUGGAGACGUCGCUGGAGAAGACGGUCACGAGCAUCUGACGAAGAUCAUUGAGAUGUCUAUGGAGUAUUAGAUUUAGGGGCGUUCAACGUUGCCUCUAUGGAUCAUGUAAAAUGCGAUAUUGUAUCUCUAUAUCUUGCUUUAUCCUAUCUGCUACCCUUUUGCGUUGUCGCUAUAGCAACUGAUGUAAUUUCUUCGUGUACCAUUGAAGCAUAAUGCACAUGAAGGUCUAUAUC